AUGAUGCUGCCGUCGGCCGCUCGCUCGCUCUCCACCACUUCGAGUACACGCAGCACCAACACCUACUCUGGCGCAUUCAAAGCCACUCCUCCAACUUCGUUCUCCGCUACCUCUCCAUCAGCAUCCUCCUCAUCACCCUCCCCUACGACGGAACAGAUCGUCCCCCACCUCAGCUGGGACAAGUACCUUCAACUGCGCAGAUCUCGUCGUCUAGCCGGCAUGGUCACCACCAUCCCCACCACCUUCCUCGCCGGCGCUGCUGCCGGCUCCUACUUCCUCACCCUCGAACUCGAUCCCACCAACACCAUCGCCGGUCUCGAUCCCGUCUACAUCAAUGCCGGUCUCACGCUCGCCAGCGCCGGUCUCGGAUGGCUUGUGGGUCCUACGGUAGGGAGUUCCAUGUGGAGCUUGCUCCAUCGAAGCAAUGCCACGCAGAUCGCGCAGAAGGAUCACGACUUUUACGAACACAUCAAGCGGAACAGGGUGGACCCCACAAGACAAUCGGUACAAAACCCAGUGCCAGAUUACUAUGGAGAAAAGAUCGGUAGCAUCAAGCAGUACCGGCAGUGGUUGAGGGAUCAAGCUGCUUUCCGCAGAAAGGCUGCUCAUGGUCUUGAGCAAGAUGCGUGA